ACCUUUAAAUCAACUAAUGGCUGAAAUGGCACGAGAGCACAAAGAUCUGGAUACGAUCUCGGCAUAUGCUUGGAAAAUUUGUAACGACUGUACCAGAACAGAUCUGUCUUUGAUGUAUCCGCCACAUCAGAUUGCAAUUGCUUGCAUUUUGAUUGCAUCGGUUUGGACGAAUCGUGAUAAAGAGCUAAAAAAUUGGUUCGCUGAACUUGCUAUAUUGGAAAUUCAAAAAAUUAUCAUCAAUUUGUACAGUGUGUGGAAGACAUUUGAUGAGAAAGAACAACUCGUUGCAAUCCUACAGAAGAUUCCUCGUCCAAAUCCCGGUCCACAGGCAACAAAUGCCCCAAUGAUGCAGUCACAGCAUUCACACGGCGGCCUUUCAGUACCGAAUAUGAACGUUCAUCAAGGAGUUACAAUGGGUCCCCCUCAUAUGCCACCAACAGGUGGCAUGAAAUUUGAAACGCAUUAGUA